AGAGGAGUCCUCGAUGAAUCCGAAGUCAUCGCAUCGCUGAUACACCCUGAGAAAUAGAAAAGAGAGGCGGAGCAUCGCCGGUGACUCCGAAUUCGUUCUCCUCCGUCGCUACGCCGACGAUGGCGUCAUCCGUACUCGUCUGUAACUCCGGGGUUCACCUAUUGCCCUCCUUGCGUCAUCGCCUCCCCCUUCCCCGGUCCCCUCUCUCCAGGACCCCUGCCUUCAGCUCUCGAUCCAACCCCAUCUUCCCCUCUCUCCGAUCCGCCUCCGCGGAGUCCUUUUCUUUUGGAUUGACCUCCGCCCGUGUCGGCCGAUCGCUUCUUGCCCCUGUUUGCGCCUCUGCCUCAUCUCCUGCAGCCGUGCCAGCACCCGCCCCGGCUCCUGCCCCCUGGCAGGGCGCCGCCUUGAAGCCCCUCGCUGCAUCGAUCGCCACUGGAGUCAUCCUUUGGCUCGUUCCCUGCCCCGCCGGUGUCUCCCGCAACGCCUGGCAGCUUCUUGCCAUCUUCCUUGCCACGAUCGUCGGCAUCAUUACGCAGCCGCUCCCGCUCGGCGCCGUCGCGCUGAUGGGCCUAGGCGCUUCCGUCCUCACUAAGACCCUAUCCUUCACCGCCGCCUUCUCCGCCUUCGGCGACCCCAUUCCCUGGCUCAUCGCACUUGCCUUUUUCUUCGCCCGCGGAUUCAUCAAGACGGGCCUGGGGAACCGCGUCGCGUACCAGUUCGUCUCCCUUUUUGGGAGCUCCACUCUCGGCCUUGGGUACAGCCUCGUAUUCAGCGAGGCCCUCCUUGCCCCGGCCAUUCCUUCUGUUUCCGCUCGCGCUGGAGGGAUCUUUCUUCCUCUAGUGAAAUCCCUCUGCCAAGCCUGCGGAAGCAACGUUGGGGAUGGAACCGAGAACCGGUUGGGCUCGUGGCUGAUGCUUACUUGCUUUCAGACCUCUGCGAUCUCUUCGGCCAUGUUCCUCACCGCCAUGGCAGCAAACCCUUUGAGUGCCAAUCUUACUUACAAUACCAUCAAGCAGACGAUCGGAUGGACUGACUGGGCUGUGGCUGCGAUUGUACCUGGCCUGAUCUCCUUGAUCGUCGUGCCCCUGCUGCUCUACGUGAUAUAUCCGCCAACGGUAAAGAGCAGCCCCGAUGCUCCCAAGCUUGCCAGGCAGAAGCUGGAGAAAAUGGGACCGAUGACGAAGAACGAGAUUAUCAUGACAGGGACGCUUCUUUUAACGGUGGGACUUUGGAUAUUUGGAGGAGCACUAAAUGUGGAUGCUGUAACUGCUGCAAUUCUUGGAUUAUCCAUUCUUCUUGUAACAGGAGUUGUUACAUGGAAGGAAUGUUUGGCAGAGUCAGUUGCAUGGGACACCCUCACUUGGUUUGCUGCUUUAAUUGCAAUGGCUGGAUAUCUCAACAAAUAUGGCUUGAUCUCCUGGUUUAGUCAAACAGUAGUCAAGUUUGUAGGUGGCUUGGGUCUUUCUUGGCAACUAUCUUUUGGCAUUUUGGUACUGCUCUACUUCUAUUCGCAUUAUUUCUUCGCAAGCGGGGCUGCACACAUUGGAGCCAUGUUCACAGCCUUCUUGUCAGUAGCCAGUGCACUGGGCACCCCUCCCCUAUUCGGAGCAAUGGUCCUCUCUUUCCUCUCAAAUCUCAUGGGCGGGCUCACUCACUACGGCAUUGGGUCUGCACCAGUUUUCUAUGGUGCAAAUUACGUGCCACUAGCUCAGUGGUGGGGCUAUGGAUUCCUUGUCUCUGUUGUUAACAUCAUUAUCUGGCUUGGCGUUGGGGGCUUCUGGUGGAAAACCAUUGGCUUGUGGUGAAGAAUCUUAAAAUUUUUACCGUCAUUUUUUUGUACUAAAAAGGCUUAGAAUAGCCUUCCUCAAGUUCUUAUAGUCAUAAGAAACUUGUUUCCUUUCUCUUGCGACAGAAUUAGAGUUUCGGAGAAGAUAGAUGUUACUGAGCUUGGUCCAUAGAGUAAUUGGACUGCACACGUAUUUUUUCUCUCGAAAUUGGGAUGGCAUGGUUUUGUCCUUGGGCUGAUAUUCUCAAGUUCUAUCUUCCUAAAGCAAUUAAUUUAAAUCUUGAUUGCUUUCUUAA